UAAGUAUUUUUGUGACUUCCCUUUCCGCCGAGUAAACAACUGCGGAUGCUAGUGAAUUUAAGUCUAGCCAUUUUAUGAAAAUCUCGAAAAGUGUUAUAGUUUUUAAUUUGUAUAGCUUCGUUCCUAAGUUCCUAACUGUCUGAUACUGUGUCGUUCCUGACACGCGAUUGUCGAAAACGCCUGAACCAUCGGCUCACAGUAUUUAUCCGCGUUUCUGCGCGCUCCAGUGCCUGCGUACUUCACAGCUUGAACCAUGGAUGCUCCGUCAUCAGGAUGGGAGCCCAUCGAUGCGGCGCCGGUGGCAGCGAAGACAUCCAGCCACAGACAUUCCACGAAGCCCAAGAAGCAGAGAUCCAGCACAGCGGCCACAUCAUCGCCGCAGUUUCCUUUAACGGCGAAUCAGCCCGUACCGUCUUAUCCGGGUAUGUCUCCGGCGGGAAUGCCCUACGGUCAGCCGCAGAUGAUGCCAGGGAUGCCGCCUGACUAUCAGCAAUAUUAUCAGCCUCCUCCUGCUCAGCCCGGUGGUUAUGGAUUUCCUACGGGUUUUCCCAGUCAAGCCCCAGCGUAUUUUGCUGAUCCCUUGGCUAAUGUUGCAUUGGCGUACGGACAAACUUUGGCCGGACAAGGCAAAGAAAUCGUUAACCAAAAUUUAGAAAAAUGGAUUUCCAUCUCUACCCUGCGCUUUUACUUCGCCGUGGACACCCAGUACGUCAUUCGGAAAUUAUUCGUGUUGGUUAUGCCUUUCUUUGUGCGCGACUGGUCCAUUAAAUUUCCGCCGAGUCAGUGUGUGGCCCCGCGUGAAGAACCCAACGCGCCAGAUCUGUAUAUUCCCUCCAUGGCCUUCGUAACGUACAUCUUAAGUACGGGAAUUUUGCUGGGAACGCAGAAUCGGUUUACGCCGGAACAUCUUGGGAUGCAAGCCAGUGAAAGUUUAGCAUAUCUGGUCGUGGAAAUCCUGCUGAUUUUGAUUACAUUCUACAUCACCAGCAUUUCAUCGAAUUUGCGGUUUCUGCAUCUUUUGGCCUUUUCCGGUUACAAAUAUGUGGGGAUGGUUGCUUGCGCUAUCUCGGCGUUGUUUCUCAAGCAGUUCGGCUACCGCAUCGCUCUAAUUUAUGCGGCAGUGGCGAUUAUAUGGUUUUUUUUACGGUCUUUAAAAGUCUACAUCUUACCAGAAGUGACCCGUGCUGAUCAAGCUGGACAUAAACGCCGGAUAUGGGCGCUGUUGUUUAUUACGGUGUUGCAGCCGAUGAUGAUUUUUCUGAUGACUAGACAAAUCUGCUCGUAUGAGGCAUCCGCAAAAGUUGUACCGUCUUGAGUUUAAUUCAUCGUGAUUGAGUUAAGGUUGUUUUUUAUCACCGUUUUUGUAGUUUAACACUGUUGGUCGCAAAUUAUAAUUAUAUCUAUCUGAUUUUACGGUUGUGCUGCGCCUGUUGCACAUUAUUUGCAGAUGCGUUUACAAAGCUACAAAAAAUAAUAAUGCUGAAAUUCA